AUGUUCCUACCGCGAGCUCUAGCCCCGUAUCGACCCUACGAUCAACCCAAGCAUCACGCCUUUGCCAUUCCCGAUAUUAUUGGCACAAUGGCGACGAACAACCCCCGGUCUGCAGCAUUCGCUGUCUCGAAGCGUGCUCUUCAGCACUGCCGGACCUCGCGAACCGCAUCCUCCUCCCCUGCGCUGCAAUGCGCCCGAACCUUCGCUACGACCCCGGCCAAGGCCCAAAACGAGAGCAGCAGCAAAAUUGAUCAGUUAUCCCGACGGGUGGAGGAUUCUGAAAGGCCCGAUGAUUUGAAGAGCCAGCGCCCACGCUGGUCAUACACCCCAGAGGCAAUGAAGGCCCCCUUCUCGCCGCACAUCACCAAGAAGCCCUCUCGCAGCGUGUGGCACGUCAAUUCGGAUCCCAAGAAGCUCGACCAAAUGUAUGUGCGCUUCUUGGGCCGGGAUGGCGACAAACUUCUGCCGGAGGAAAUCAAGUGGCUCGCUGUCACACAUAAGAGCUUCGACUACGGAAGGAGGGGGUUCAACGACAGGCUGGCGUUCCUCGGCCGUCAAGCCGUCGUUCUCGAGGUUGCUCAGAGCAUUCUAUCCGCCGCCCCCAAGCCCGGCGCAGUCGUUGCCGACGAAUUCAACCGACAGCCGUUUGAGCACCCUGCGCUUGCAAGGCUCGACAACUUCAAUGCACAGCUUCCGCAUGAUGUUGUCUCGAGGGAAAAGAUUGAGCAGCUGGCCAUCGAUGUUGGUCUGGAUAAAGUACUCAGGUGGAAGCCUAGACUGCCCGAGAACCUGGCAGGAUCCGGUGUUCAGGUCGUGCUCAACGGUGCCGUUCAUGCCAUCAUUGGCGCAAUUUCGUUGCAGCAUGGCGCCGAGGUCGCGGGAAAGAUUGUGCGGGAGAGGAUACUUUCGCAAUUAGCACUCCAGUGA